AAUCAUCAUAGUACUCAACACACACCAACUCCAUGCUUUCUUUCUUUAUAUAUAUAUAUAAAAUAAUAAUUAAUAAUUAAUAAUAAUGCAUGCUCUUGAAUUAUGUUGAAAAGCUAAUAUGCUUUUGGUAUUUCUACCACCCAAUACAAUCACUAUUUCUUCUUUCCUUAAAAUCCCCAAAACCAAGAACACAUUUUUUCAGUUUCAUCAAAUCUUUAAUCUCGAUACCAUCAUCAUCAUCUCAACAAAAAAUGGGCGCAAGCUGCUCAAAAGUAUCCUUCUGCUGGUGGCAUUCUCACCUUAAACCCUCUGUUCUUCAAUCAUCCGAUCUGGAAAAUGGGGAGAAGAAUUCAUUGCCAAGUUUCAGAGAGUUUACCUGGGAGGAGCUGAAAUCUGCUACAAGUGGGUUUUCUUCGGAGAACAUUGUUUCCGAGCAUGGCGAAAAGGCUCCUAAUGUUGUGUACAAAGGCUUUCUUGAAAACGAAGGCUAUAUUGCUGUUAAGCGCUUCAACAAAUCUGCUUGGCCUGAUUCUCGCCAAUUCACUGAUGAAGCUAAGGCAGUGGGGAAUCUCAGAAGUGAAAGACUGGCUAAUCUGAUUGGCUGUUGCUUUGAUGGUGAGGAGAGACUGUUAGUGGCAGAGUUUAUGCCUAAUGAAACCCUGGCUAAACAUUUAUUUCAUUGGGAAAAUCAACCGAUGAAAUGGGCAAUGAGAUUGAGGGUUACUUUGUAUUUGGCUCAAGCUCUCGAUUACUGCAGUAGCAGAGGUCGAGCAUUGUACCACGAUCUUAACGCUUACAGAGUCUUGUUCGAUCAGGAUGGCAAUCCUAGGUUGUCUUGCUUCGGCCUAAUGAAGAAUAGUAGAGACGGCAAAAGUUACAGUACAAACCUAGCUUUCACUCCCCCGGAGUAUUUGAGAACCGGAAGAGUAACUCCAGAAAGUGUAGUUUACAGCUUCGGUACAAUGCUGCUAGAUCUUCUAAGUGGCAAGCAUAUACCUCCAAGCCAUGCACUUGAUCUGAUCCGUGGCAAAAAUUAUUUGAUGCUAAUGGAUUCUUGUUUAGAGGGUCAUUUUUCGAACGAUGAUGGAACUGAGUUGGUUCGUAUAGCCACACGUUGUUUGCAAUACGAAGCUCGAGAAAGGCCAAACACUAAGUCUCUAGUCACUUUUCUCAUGUCCCUUCAGAAAGAAACCGAGGUUCCUUCUCAUGUUUUAUUGGGAAUCCCACAAGGAAACGCAAACUGUACGCAGCAGCAGCCAUUGUCGUUGACUCCCAUGGGUGAAGCAUGCUUGAGAAUGGAUCUAACUGCCAUACACGAAAUAUUGGAUAAGGCUGGGUACAAAGACGAUGAAGGAAUUGCUAACGAGCUAUCGUUUCAAAUGUGGACGAAUCAAAUGCAAGAGACAUUGAAUUCGAAGAAGCAAGGGGAUGCUGCUUUUCGAGCCAAGGAUUUCACAACAGCCAUCGACUGCUACUCACAGUUUAUCGAAGGCGGGACCAUGGUGUCGCCAACUGUGUAUGCUCGGAGAUGCUUGUCUUAUUUGAUGAGUGAAAUGCCAAAUCAAGCUUUGGGAGAUGCUAUGCAAGCACUUGCUAUUUCACCAGAUUGGUCAACUGCUUUUCAUCUUCAAGCAGCUUGUCUUUUUACACUUGGAAUGGAAAAUGAUGCACACGAAUCACUCAAAGAAGCUACAAACUUGGAAGCCAAACGAAGCCGAAACUAAAUUAAAAAAAAAAAUCAAAAAAUAGAAAGAAGUGUAUAGAUUUCUCCUUUUCUUGAUUCGAUUAUCGUGUAUUUAGCCUUUUUACCCAUUCCGUUUCGUGAAAAAAAAAAAAAAAAAAAAGACGAACACAGAAGUACUUCGAAUUGGUUUGGUAGGUUUCGUAUUUCCAGAAGUUGUGAACUACAGCUCGAUUUUCUUGAGCUUUUUGUGAGUUGUGGAAUGAAAAUUCAUUUGAUUUCUUGAUAUA